AUGUCAACAGCAGAACCCCACUCACAUCCCCACCCCCACCCACAACAGCCGGGACCACCGCCCUCCAUCCCAGCCAACCCCGCGCUGACAGCCCUCCUUGAUUCCCUCCCCUCAACCCAGCUCCCUUUCGCUGUCGCCGAGGUCCCCAUCCCUGGCUCGAACCCUCCUCAGACCCAGCAAAUCGUGAUAUGUCCGGCGCAUCAAAAGGUCGUUUGUCCCGAAUGCGGCGUGGACUAUAAUGCCCUGAACUUCAUGCAGCAGUUCAUGCGCGCCGCGCCGACAGAUGCGAUUCCUCCACCGCCAAAUAUGGCGCCUCCACCGCAGAGGGCGGAGAUGAUCAAGAAUGCAAAGGAGCAGGGGAAUCUGGAGGAUCUGGCGGGUCUCAGGCUGUCUGGAGGAGCCGCGUUCAAAGCACAACAGUUCCCACAAGCAAUCAACAUGUACUCGCGAUCAGCAGAUAUGGCUCUCUCCCGGCCGCCAUGGGAGCCAGCGGCGGUGGGCAAGGAGGAAACGGCGAUUGCGCUGUGUAAUCGGAGUGCGGCAUUUGCAUUUGCGGGAGCAUGGGCGAAUGCGCUUGCCGAUGCCGAGGCGGUGAUUCUGCUUAAGCGACCAUGGACAAAGGGACACUUCAGAAAAGCCCGGGCCCUUGUUGGACUGAACAGGGUAGAGGAUGCGCGGGACGCACUGGUCGAUGGGUUGCAGUUCGAGCCAGAGGACAAGGAGCUGAACGCCUUCCUCAAGGAGAUUGACGAAAAGCUUGCCCUGGAGGAUUGA